AUGGCAAGUGCGCAGCCGUCUUCGAAAUCGAAUAUGUCUACUUAUACAGACGACGGUUUUGAUACAAAUAUUGCAACCAAAUUACGGCGUUUGAAAAUAGAGGAGAGCGUAAUUUCAAAAAGUAUUUGUAGUAAAAUUACUGAAGAUUUUCAAGAAGAAAAUGGAGAUGGUUUCCAAUAUUCAGCAUAUAAGUUACUGUUACAUAAACUUAAAACAUCGUUUAUUGAUAUUAGGGAUUUAUUUGAAGAGAUUAAAGAUAAUACAAGCACAUGUGAUAAUUUACAAUGUUUAGACAUAGAUGAUAUGAAAAAGGAUAUGAUGAAUAUGGAAACAAAAAUCCAAAAUAUUAAAACAUACUUGCAGACUCAAAUUAAAGCUUUGCAGGAAAAUGAACAGGAAUUGAUUAAAGGAAUCAGCGAGCAACCUGACGAACUUGAUCGUAUUAGAAGACAACCAAAAGUAAAAAAGAUACCUUACAAUGAAAUCGUUCCUAGCCCAGUAAAAGUCCUUAUAAAUUCACCUUUUAAAUGCGUGGAAGUGCAACAAUUUCAAGAAUUUUUAAUGACUAACAAAAAUCGGUAUGGAGGUUGGAUUCUAUACAAUCACAAUAUAUUUGAAAAGUCAUGGCGAAAAUAUUUUUCUGCGCAAAACAAUAUCGACGACUUUGAAUAUAGAGAAGAAUAUCUUGAGAAUUCCGAACUUUUCCAAAUAUUUGUGAAAGAAAUGUGUGAAAAAAUUCCAGGAAUAACAUUCGUCGAAAUAAUGGCACAUAGUAAAUGGUAUUCUAAAUAUCUUUAUUUAAAAAGACGCCAGCAAAGAGCCUUAGAGAAAUGGAGAACAAAUAGACAAAUUAUAAAACGAUCUCGACAAAGUGCAAGAAUUUUAAGUGGUCAGAAGAAAUCAGAAAACCCUGACAGAAAUGAAAUAAAAGUAGACGAUGAUGGUGCUAUCAAUACAUUAGUUUCAGAUGAAUUUAAAAAGAUGACGAAUAUAUAUCAUAAAGAAACGAACAGUUACUCAUCGGAACAAAACGAAAGUUUGUUUCAAGAUUCGAAGGAUUCUUCAGAUAAAGUUACUAUGAAACAUAGAAAAAGUUUUCAGAGAAAUAUAACUAAAGCUAUUUCUAAUAGGCCUACUUUGGCAUACAGAAAUUCUACUGAACAAUGGAAUAACAGAUGUAAUGGCAUGGAUGGUUAUCCAGAUAACUAUUUAAACAUUGAAAACUUAACUAUAAUGAAACGGCGUAUUCCUGAUUGGCGACUGGUUUUACAAAAUCAGUAGGAUAUUUUUGACACUAAUAAAAAACAAGCACCUACUGACAAAAAUAUGGUCGAAUUAAGAAGUAAUUAUUUUGUUGCAGCUACUUGAAGUACCUACAUUAUUUAACUUUCAUAAUUUUGUUUUUUGUUAGUUUUAAGGUUAAUCAUUAAAUUCUUCAUUAGUUAAGUUUUUUGUACUUACGACGAUAACUUUGAUAAAUUAUAACAAACAGCUUAUAUUUGUUCCACGGGUGGGCACACGC